AUGGAACAAUCAAUUUUUGGGUCAUGGGAUUACAUAAUUAUGGCGGCCACCAUGAUAGCUUCAAUAGCUAUAGGCUUAUAUUUUAGAUUUAGUGGUGGAAGGCAAAAAACGAAUGAGGAAUAUCUGAUGGCUGAUCGCAACAUGUCAAUAUUCCCAGUGGCAGUGUCCUUAAUGGCCUCCUUCAUGUCCGCCAUAACACUUUUGGGAGUUUCCGCAGAAAAUUAUUAUUACAGCAUGCAUUUCGUAGUCAUCAAUUUUUCUUACGGCAUUGCAACACCUAUAGCUUCCAGAUUAUAUUUACCAGUAUUCUUCGGGCUUCAAAAGACCAGUACUUAUGAAUACUUAGAGCUAAGAUUUGGCCCGCAUAUAAGAAUGCUAGCAUCCCUAACAUAUACUUUACAAAUGAUUUUGUACAAUGGAAUAGUUUUAUAUGCCCCAGCAAUAGUUCUGGAAUCGGUGACAGGGUUAGAUAGACUGGUAUCUAUCCUAGUGGUAGGAUUAGCGUGCACAUUCUAUUCAACUUUGGGCGGAAUGAAAGCAGUCCUUUUCACCGACCUUUUGCAAUCUCUUUUGAUGUUCAUGGCUGUGUUGAGUGUAGUAAUAUUUGCCUCAGUGCAGCUCGGGGGAUUCGGGCAAAUUUUCAUAAAAGCACAAGAAGGUGGUCGUUUAUAUUUUUCAAAUUUCAGUAUUGAUCCAACUGAGAGACAUACGUGGUGGUCUUUGUUGAUCGGCGGCUGCAUUACCUACCUUUCCUUGUAUGCUGUAAACCAUACACAGGUCCAACGUCUGCUAACAGUGAGCACCUUGGGGCGUUCACAAAAGUGUCUAUGGUGGAGUUGGCCUGUACUAAGUGCCCUGAGUAUUAUUACUUGUAUCAGCGGUUUAAGUAUAUACGCUGUAUAUAAGGACUGUGAUCCACUAGCUAGCAAAGAAAUCUCUUCAAUGGAUCAAUUAAUGCCAUACUAUGUGGUAGAUGUAAUGAAGUCAGUACCAGGAUUGGCAGGGUUGUUCGUGGCGGGUAUAUUCAGUGCAUCUCUGUCUACAAUAUCGGCAGCAUGCAAUGCGUUAGCAGCUGUCACUCUUACCGACUACGUUAGUAGGUGGUUUAAAAUAAAUCCAACAUAUGUGCCAUGGUUGACAAAAUUAGCAGCGUGUGGGUAUGGGCUAGUGUUUCUGGCUUUAGCGUUCGUCGCGGAACAUUUGGGCGGAGUGUUGCAAGCCGCUCUGACGAUAUUCGGCGCGGUCGGAGGGCCGCUGCUUGGUCUGUUUACAUUGGGAAUGUUUACAACUUAUGCUAAUGAGAGGGGUGUCUCAAUAGCUCUUGUCACUGGUAUGGCAACAACACUAUGGAUCAGUUUUGGGGGUCCCCGUCCUUCUCCGGUGAAGUUACCUGUUAGUAUUGACGGCUGUCCAUUCAAUGUGACGGGGACCAACCCAGUGGUUCCACCGCCCAGUGACUACUUCUAUCUAUAUAGAAUAUCUUACAUGUGGACGAGCCCGAUUGGCUUCGUUUGGGUGUUAGUUGUGGGGUCUAUAAUAUCCCUUGCGUGGAAACAGCAACAUCCCUGGCAGAGGGCGGGCUUACAGCACCCCGACCCUGCACUCUUUACACCACCACUAGCCAAUAGACUGCGGGUUAAAUAUGAGAAGAAAGAUAGUGUUCAGUGUGAACUUUUGAAGCAAAAUGUCCAAGAU